AUGAGUACUACUGUUGUAGCGGUCCCUAGCCAGAGCGGCCUCCUCACCGCCCCAGGACAGCCGAGCGUGACUGUCGCCGCAACGAGCUCUACUACGGCGUCGGGUAGUACGGCAGCCCAGUCACUGUCGAUAGCGCAGAUUGCAGGGAUAUCGGCCGCUGCGGUCGCUGCUGUUGCUAUAACAGUCGGCCUUCUUUGUCUACUGGCAUGUCUCCAGCGACGCGACAAGCAUGCCGACGAGCCUCGCAGUGAGAAACCAGUUGGAAAUCACCGGAAAGCUUCCCCAAACUAUCUGCCGCCACCGCCAAAAGACACUGUCAAAGGCCCAGACGACGGUCUUGGCAGCGCUGGCGCAACGUCGAUUCAGCAUCGUCAACCUAAUCAUAAGCCAACGGAGCCGCAAUGGAGUUGGCAGCAAUCUAACGUGGAUCCACAAGCUAUCGGCGUUGCGCUCAGUCCAGAAAUCAGGCACUCACAUUCUCCAGCUAGCGUUGCGAGCGUAAGAACUGUGUCUAAGCUCCUGCCGGACAAGCCGGACCCAGCACCGCCGGCUGCAGCAGUAGUAUCUCAACGGCCGCCGAGCGAGAUGACGGUUUUCGAAGAAGACAGGCCUAUUCGAAAGUCCAUAUUCCCAGAGAAAUACGUGCCGCCAUCUCAUCACCGACUUUCCAAAGCGCUCAACACGUCCCAAACCCCUCAGUACUUGGAUAAAUACACAGUCAGCCCCGAAGACGUCCGAAGACCAUCUCUCACACUAGUGGUUCCUGGUCAUCGGCCCAGGACCUAUGCGAAUGUUGUUCCAGCGCCGCUCAGGCUUUCGAACCAGCCUCAACAAUUUUCUCCGCCUAGCAGAUCCGGAACUGAUACUACUUUCAGCGAGAGUCCCGCCAAUUCAUCCAUUGUGCCCAUCAGCGAAGCUGGAGGUAGUGCAGAUUAUAUUCCUGACUACUACACGGCUUCGGAAGCUACAUUGACUGUGUCCGCGCCGACGUCGAGACCUACAACUGCCGACUGUUCAGACCGCUAUGUCCCGUACAAGAAGCCGCCGAGGACAGUGUCAAGGGCGACACGAGACUCUUGCGCUUCAGAAACAUCCUUCGAGUCCGCCGACCCGCAUGAUCCAACGCCUGAAGAGGAGAACGACAAGCAGCUAUCACCGGUGGCAGAAUCGCCCAUCUCCAAACUCAGAUAUCCAAAGGUACCGCGCGCCUCGAACCAGGCUGUGCCUAGGAGUCCCAGAAGCCCACGGAGCCCGAAGCAACCACAGCACCAGGAUUCUCACCCGCCUACACUGCUUGCCAAGCGUCGAGGAGAUCUUGCGGCCCACGAUCUCGAAAAGCGACUCUGGAUCACCAACUCGAAUUCCGCAAGCAUGAGCUCACACGCCCGAGGCACCAGCAAUGCCACCAACAGUACUAGAGGGCAUCGGCAGACGAACAGCAAUGAUGCUCUUGAUCAAUUCCUCAACGGCCAGUACUCUCGGUAUCAAGCCGCCAAGACUCGAGUUGCUCACCGCCACAGCCAUGGCCAGUCCUCAAAUGCUGGCAGUGUGGAGUUGCAAUGGAACGGCCAGAAGAGUCCUGGUAUGGAGAUGCUUGUGAAAAGUCCCCUGUGGGCGCCAAAACUGACUCCGACGAAGCGAGGAGACGACCUGUUCAUCUCUGUAACUUGA